CUAAUUUUUCAAGUCUGCAAGUAAUAAAUAAAAACCACAAGCCAAGUAGACAAUGCUUCGAUGCGCUAGUUUAUGCUACACAAGAGUGUUUCUAUAGAGUGAUAUGGAGGAAAAGAUGUAAAAAACUUGCAGUAUGGGAAGAAAGUAUAGGUAUAAGCAGAGCUAUCAAGAGGGGAAAAAGGCCCAGAGUCAAUAUAGAAAACCGUCCAAAAAAGCAACAAAAAAGGCGGGCAAAAGUGUUAAAAGAAGAAUUCGCAAUGUUAAAUAGAGUGAAAAGACAUAGAAGCUCAGAAGACUUCUUAUCAGAGAAUGAAGUUGCAUCAACAAGCAUCCGAGCAAGAGACAGAAAGUGA